AUGGAAAAUGAAAUUUGGGAUCACCAUGGAAAUAAUACUAAUGUAGCUAAAGCAGCGCAUGCUCAAGCCAACCGUGAGGGAAAGCAAUUGAAACUUAUUACAGCAAUUAUGAGAGGCAGACGGCUUGAUGAAAGACUCUUUAAGACAGCUGAAAUUAAUGACAAAUUUGGGAUUCCAUAUACUAGAAGGGAUAAAAGUGAGAUUAAACGGAAGGCAAAAGCUAUGACACGAAAAGAUACUAAUAAAAGAAGUCAAAAGGAGACUUCUAAUAAGGAAUUAAAAAAAAAAGUACCAUUACAGGAUGUAACUAAUAGAGAGAAGCUGGAAAAAAAGGGAAAAAGAAAGGCGUCCACAAGUGAAAAUACCUCAAAAGCCAAAAGAAGUAGAAUUGAUAUUAAUGAAAGUGAUAGUGAACGAGAAAUUUCAAAAUUAGAAAUAGAAGAACGUAAGAUGAAAUUGGCAGAAAGACGUACAGCAGAUCGUAAAGCCCAAGCAGAGAUCGAAAAACUAGAAUUGGAAAAUCUUAAAUUGCGCAAAGAACUUAAUCUUGACUAAUCUAAUAUUGAAUAUUACUAGGCUUUUUUAUCAUAUCUAUAUAAUCUAUAUAAAUAAAUUUAAUUCCUUAUGAGUGAAUAUUGUCAUAUCUUUUUAAAUGUUUGUGUUAUCA